AAACCUUACCACUUCAACAUUUGUCAUCGACAUCUGACAUUACGGGCCGAAGCACAGAAAAAUUAUGAGAGGUGUCGCAGCCGGACCUCCGUCACCUGUACGGACAAGGAGUCGUGCGAAUACCUUUGCCUUUAGUAAGGUACGAGACAAAACAUCUCUUUGAUUCUUUGUCAGUGUUCAAGCGAACGAAUCCGAUCCACCAAAUUUCGUUAUCGUGAGGCCGCAAGGCGGUGUAAGGGCAGCAGCACAACACGACCGAAAGCCGCAAAAGCAACUAAACCUGGGGUGAGGGGACCCCACGUCCGGAAAGUCUGGGAGCUUGAGAGAUGAAGAAGUUCGAGGUGCAUCUACCAUCAUAUCACAACGUCAAAUCGAAUGGAAGACGGGUCAGAAGACGGAUGACCCCAUAUAUAACAUGCGUUGGAAAUGCAAACAUCGGCCGAGAACGUACCCCAGAAAACAGCACCUGCUGGGGACCUCCAAAAAGCAAUUGCAGGUCAUGAUAACAAAACAACACGAUGCGACAUGAUACCAGUGGUGCCAAUUCGGACAGACCCGGAGCUCAGCGUAGGUCUCGUGAGCGGCAGCUGGUGGCGGUUCCUGCAGCAUACCGUACCGUUCUGUAACGUUAGUUGCACCCAGACAGACAAGAUCCAGGCAAACAGUUGACCGUGAAUUGAGGCUGACAGCCCAGGUAAAGGACAGAGCACAAGACAAGUGUGAUAAGAUUUGGAUCUAUCCAUCGAUAUCCACGCCAAUGCCAGUAUCAAUGCCUGUUUACUGGAGCUGACUCGGUCGGUUCUGGGCUCGGCGUCUUGUCGGUGUCUGGGGUGAAAUGCCUAAAUUCACACAACUAGGGGCAAUAUUCUCAAUGGCUACUGCAUAUCCUCAACACCAUCUUUCUGAGCUUUUGACGCCGAAGAUUGCCCUUAAAUGCCUGAUAUCUGGUUGCCGUCUCCGGAACCAUGCCGGGAGGAUCCGGAGGCAGGUCACCAUGAGACGGCUGCAACCAAGGUUGAGCUAGCGGCUACGUACAUGACUCUACAGGACUCUGGCAGGUCUGCGGCUUUCCUCCCCCACCAUCUGAUCGGCAAAGGGAAAUGGAAAUGGAAAUGGAAAUGGAAAUUUUGCAGAGUGGAGGUUCCCCCGGUAAGAGACCGGAAGGGACACAGAUGAAAUCAGAUUCAGGGGUGUUUUUUUGGAGCACCCGACCUUCUGUCGUCCCCUACAGGACCGUCUCCGAGCCACGUUACAGGGCGUCUCGACCGUUCCGGGGCCUCUAUAGACACGCACGGCGUCCAUCUGAGCGGCGGCGGGGGAGGUUUGGCCCGCGACAGUGGAUCAUAAACGCGGGCUUUAGCGGGGCAACGACGUAAUCCCAUUGGCCUGUCUCCAUUCCAUCGGCAUUCGUGAUGGAGCCAGGACCUUGAGAAAGACGAUGCAAGCCGCGUGCUCAACAUGAUUUUUUUCUUUCGUGUUUGUGAUGGAGCAACCUCGAUUACCUUGACUAAAGCACUGGUAUUUUCUUCUUGCUAUAGCAGCGAUAAGCUGCACCGUAUCAAGUGUGAUACUCAGCUGGUUGGGCCCCUACUCUUAGCCUCAAAAUCGACUCCAUCUUCAUCCCGAGCUACCUUACCUUACCUUACCUUACCUUACCUUAGCUACCUGCAUACCUACCCUUACCUUACUUCACCUUGGACUUCUGUCACUUGACCUCUCUUAUCCUCGUUGGCCUCCUGUCCCCUUGGACUAUUCGCUACGCUACCCCAGGCACGGUUUGCUACUCUCUAUAGAGCAACUAGUUAAAGCAGCUACUGUCCAUCCAUCUCAAUUUCUUUUCCUUUCAUCCAUAGACCGCUCGCUCGGGAUUCGACCCCUCAUUCUAUCCCCCACUUCAUCCUCAGACGACUUCUCCCCGAAGUCUUGGUUCCCUUGCCCCGGGUGCCUUGAACUGCAGAUCACAUCAAAUUCAUCUGAAUCUUGCUCUUCUCGACCAGUUCACCUCUGAAGCUGCAUAUACAGACGGAUAGAGCUCCGACUGCCUGCCUCUAUUUACUGCAUCGAGCAAAGUUGCAUUGAGGCCACUCGAUUGGGGUCUUUUGGCGUAUCAUCGCAUCGACGUGAAUCUACUCCAUUGGGAAGGAACAUACCAUCCAUCUACGUGCCGUGGCUUCCUCAUCUGAUCUCAACUGGCUGGCUACCUUCGGAUCCAGUCGUCGGAAGGAACUCGCCCAGCUCUUUCCUUUCUCACUCACCAUUCACCUUCCCCUCUAGACUACAGAGUCUACCUCGGCUCACACGACCACUAACAUCCUGACUCCUACAUUUCAUUUCAUUUCAUUCAUUCUAUCUCUCGUCUUCGAUUAGAGUAUCGUCAUUCCAGUCUCAUUCUCUUCCUUGUUUGAUGCCUCUGCAGCACUGGAGCUUCAUCAGAUUUGAUCAGUGCCUGGCUCUUGUUUGUGAGCCUUGAUUCCUCUGCUCAGUAGCAGCCGCUUUCAAUUCUACCGCCCAGCCAACUUCCAACUUCCAACUUACACCCCUUUUUGUCGCAAAUCGUCAGCCACAAUGCCUUCUCGAACUAACGGUGUCGGCGUUCAGGCCGAAGAUACCAGGAUCUGCGUGGUCAUGGUCGGUCUACCAGCCCGAGGCAAGAGUUAUAUCGCCCAAAGAGCUCAGCGAUAUCUUCAGUGGCUUUCCAUCCCCGCACAGACUUUCAACGUUGGCAACUACCGCCGUAAUGAUGCACCACAACCCACGGCCGAUUUUUUCGAUAUCAACAAUCCCGAAGGAGAACGCACCCGCCGUGCUGCCGCCGAGGCUGCUGUUGCCGACAUGCUCGCCUGGUUUCGUUCUGGCGGCAUUGUGGGUAUUCUCGAUGCUACCAAUUCUACUCUGGAACGUCGCAAGUGGGUUCUGGAGGUCUGCAAUGAAAACGGUAUCGAGGUUCUCUUUGUCGAGAGCAAGUGCGACGACGAAGAACUCAUCAUGGCCAAUAUCCGAGACGUCAAGACUACUAGCCCGGACUACCGCGGACAGGACCCUGAAACUGCUGCUCUCGAUUUCCGUAAUCGAAUUCGCAACUACGAAAAGGUGUACUGCACCAUUGACGCUGAUGGUAAAGAGUCUCACCUUACUUACCUCAAGAUCAUGGAUGUCGGUAAGCAAGUCAUUAUCAGCCGUAUUCGAGAUUACCUCCAAAGUCGCAUUGUGUACUAUCUUAUGAAUCUACACAUCCGUCCUCGUUCAGUUUGGCUAUCAAGACAUGGGGAAUCCUUGUAUAACAUUGACGGAAGAAUUGGCGGUGAUACACUCCUUUCACCUCGUGGUGAACAAUAUGCCAGAAAACUUCCUGAGCUCGUCCGAAAAUCAGUUGGUGAUGAUCGACCACUAACAGUAUGGACCUCAACUUUGCGACGCACUAUUGCUACUUCUCGUUUCCUUCCUCAGCACUACAAUCAACUCCAGUGGAAGGCGCUCGAUGAGCUCGACUCGGGAGUAUGCGAUGGCCUGACCUACCAGGAGAUCAAGGACCGAUAUCCCGAGGACUUUGCCGCCCGUGAUGAAGACAAGUACAACUACCGAUAUCGUGGCGGAGAAUCGUACCGCGAUGUUGUUAUUCGCCUUGAACCCAUCAUCAUGGAAUUGGAGCGAAGUGAAGAUAUUCUUAUCGUCACCCACCAAGCUGUGCUACGAUGUAUAUAUGCAUAUUUCAUGAAGAAGGACCAGUCUAAGAGCCCUUGGAUGAAUGUGCCACUACACACCUUGAUCAAACUCACCCCAGGAGCCUACGGUACCGAAGAAGUUCGCUAUGAAGCCAAUAUUCCUGCUGUCAGCACCUGGAGAGGCAAGGGUAGCACCGCUAAGCACGAGAAUCCAGUCCCUGGUGUCAUGUAAUACGAUAUACAACAUUGUCAAGUUUCACAAGGGUCCUACGACCUGUAAUUGAGUAUACGGCGAACAUGCGCCCGGUGGAUGACUGUUACGAUUUGAAAUGAGCGGGCAUAUGGAACAGAUUUAGGGGUACGUUGACACGGCAAAGCAUUUUUGAGGAGCAUUCUAUGACUACUGCUAUGAAAAGGGGAGCUCGUACAAUAUCCGCAGGAACUUAGGGUUCGAGAACAAAAACAUACACGGCAUAGUGUCACGGAAGACACAAUGAUAGGGCUUCGGUACGGCUCUGUACAGGAUCAACGGCGUUCUUUGCUAUUUGUCUGAUAGCGGAUCAGGCUGGAUAAUGAUUAGCGUCUCUAUGAAAGUGACAUCGAAACACAUGAACAAAACGAAUUACAAACUCAUGAUGGCUAGAUAUGAGAGCAAUUUUCCAUUGAUUGAACUGAGGUUGAGCAAUGCGUGGCUGAGGACAAGUUUAAACUAUUGUGGCAAUGCUUGGCAUGGAAUGCUUGAUUUUGUGAUUCCCUGUUUAGGAUGCUAUUGUGUCCCGGCUCAUCGCUAGGAUUCCUCGUUACUGCCCUCACAAAACACAAGAUUUGGGUUUCCUUAACUCAUGGGUGGGACGAUGAUCUACCAGUACAGUAAAUCGGGAGAACGACUGGGGAGAACAUACUGAGGUCGUGGAUGAACAUCAUCUCCCCAGCUGAUAGUUGUUAUCGAUCGUUCAACAUUCGGCCAUCGCCCGAAGUCUGUAGGCUCCUGCGCCGAUUAUGGCAUCAGAGAGCAUCCCCUCAACAUCCCCAGCAAUACCUCAUCAGGCUCGCCGAGGUGGAGACCACAAAGAAGGGCAGAGUGCGCCGGUAGUUGCUCGGUGGGGGCCGACUUUUGUACGGACCCAAAGUGUUGAAGACUCAUCGAGGUCAAUCGACCUCUUAGACAGCGUCUAUAGAAAGGGCGGUUCAGGUCCCUCAGUCUUUCCUGGGUCCUUCUUGAGCUUUUCAUGCUGAUAUCUUCUGAACCCUCUGAAGACAUGACUAUCUGAUUUGGCCUUAUAGGGUAGAACGUUCAGAGACACGGGGACGAUGCUCGCUUACGCGAUUUUCCGUUAUGGCUUCAGUCAUUAUGAUCGUGUGAAUUUUCGUUCGAUUGUCCUGUAGAACUCGGCAAGUGGUGUGAGGCGCAGUCUGUACCGGUAUUGGUGUCAGAUUUCCAGGCUUCCUGUUUCGGCUGAUCUUCAGUACUUUGUCGCUUCUUUGAAACCAUCUUCUUGGUCAAGGACGGAGUUUGUGGACGGGCUCCUCCGCGGCGCUUCUCUCUGCUGCGUGUAGCAUUUGACAUAGGCCAAGAGCGACGGAAUCUUCCAGUAGUUGGUGCAGUCACACUGGGAGCUGCAGGUGCACUGUGCCGAGAUUGUAGUUGAUGGAAGAAUGUAUGGUUGGGAUUGUCAUGACAAGUGCAACGACAAGGAGCGAGGUUGGGCCCGGAGGCUUUGACUAUCUUGGCAAUGAGCUCGGCCAUGGACAGUUCGAUAUGAAGCUUGACAAGAUAUGCAAGCGGGUGAAACUCGACGUAUCUGACACAACGAUUAGCUGGUGGACAAUAUACGGGAGUUUUAACAUACAGAAAGGUAUUACGCAGUGACAUUGAACCAAUGAUCAGAAUCUAUUGCAAGUGUAAGUCAACUGAUAAAAAGUGCUCGAUAACGAAGACUUACAUCCAUUGAGAUGGAGACGAUUACCAUCACGAGGUUGAAGCGAUAUAGCACCACAUAUUUUGUUAGGCCAUAUGAUAUGAGGGACGACCGGACAAGAUAGACAAAGUAGAAGUUCAGAGCCAGGUCGAUGACCGCAAAAAUUCCUUUCUCGAUUCGGUCCCAAAUGUUGUUGAUGUCGAUAUAAGUCUGACUAAUUUGCAGUCGAGCCGGUAUCCAAAC